ACAAAUACUUUGAAACAUCCGUCAACAAAAAUGACACCUUUAGCACGUUGGUAGCCUAGUUUCAUAACACCAAACUUCGUAACACUCUCCUGACUUAUGUUAGGGAGUUAUUUAUGUAUAUUUUAACGUCAGUCAGAGAAAUGACGUGCAUAAAACUAAUAUUUUCACGAAGACCUCGCUUAAAAGUCGGCCGGCUGCUCGGUGCAGCUUUGACUUCAAGGAGAUGUUUGCAUGAUGAACAAGUAACACGUGAGUCCAGCGCACUUCCCAUCAUUCAUCACAGCAAGUAUGUGUGCGACCUCCCUCUCAACCACAGGUUUCCUAUGGGCAAGUUUCCCCGCGUGCUGCACUUCUUAAUCAAAGAUCAGGUUAUUACAGAGAAACAGGUGUGGGUCCCUGAAAUAGCCUCUAAAGAACUACUCAGCUGUGUGCACACUGAAGAGUACUUAAACAACUUCAUAAAUGGAAAAAUCAAUGAGCAGGAACAGAGGAGGACAGGUUUCCCCUGGAGUGAAGGCAUAGUGAGGCGCUGUCGAUAUGAGACAGGUGGGACUGUUCUGGCUGCUGAGGUAGCUUUGCAGAGGGGUCUGGCCUGCAGCACAGCAGGAGGAACACAUCACGCCUUCCCAAGCUUUGGUUCAGGGUUUUGUCUCCUUAAUGACUUGGCAGUUGCCGCCAAAUACCUGAUGGGCAUCUCCUCGCACAAAAGGAAGAUUCUGAUUGUAGAUCUAGAUGUGCAUCAGGGUGACGGCACUGCUUUCAUUUUUAAAGAGGAGCCGAGUGUGUUUACAUUCUCGGUGCAUUGUGGGAAGAACUUCCCCCUCCGUAAACAACAGAGUGACCUAGAUAUCAGCGUGGAGGAUGGGAUGGAAGACAAGGAGUACCUCUCCACAGUCGAGACGCACCUUCCCUUGCUGCUGGAGACCUUUCGUCCGGACCUGGUUCUGUAUGACGCGGGUGUCGACCCUCACUGGGAGGAUGAGCUCGGGAGGCUGCGUCUCACUGACCAAGGGCUGUAUCAGAGAGACCUGUACGUGAUGAAGACUGUCGUGAGCAGAGGUGUUCCCAUUGCUGCCGUUAUCGGAGGAGGAUACUCGAGAGACAUCGACAGACUGGCCCUCAGACACUCCAUCCUCCACAGAGCAGCAACUCAGGUUUGGAGGGACUGUGGAAUGUAAAACCUUCAUGCCCCGAAUCCAGAAGACCAUCAGAGCCUCACCAGUACUUGAUCUAUUAGAGCCAAUGCCAGUACCUAUGUUUUGAAAUUAAUUAUUUGGUACUCUGUAUAUUAAUAUGUUAUCAAGGUAAAUACAUUUUCAAGAAUUAUGAAAACAGUCUUUUGGAAACUUCCUGUUCGACCAUCUGCUCAGAGCUCUACUAAUGAUAUUUGAUUUGGGUGUCAACCUAGUGACAACCUAGUAGUGAUUAUAGAAAGUUGUUUGACUUGCUGUUUACCUCAUCAAGAUACAUUCUCAUUACUUCUAUAGUAGCACCUUACUGUAUCUCACUAUGUACUAGUGUUUUUGAAUUAUAUGUGGAUGUCACAGAAUAAAGAUGUACCAAGUUU